AUGGGUGUCGCAAAGAGACUAUGUCCGCUUCUCGCCACGAUCCCACUCGCGCUGGCACUACCAGACGCAUCGCGCGUUCUGAAUGCUCGCGCCUCGACCUGCACCCCCGUGGCUGGCGGGUCGUCAUCCACUGACGACGUCCCUGCCAUUACCUCGGCGAUCGCAUCCUGCAGCAGCGGCACGAUUGUGAUUCCCUCGGGAACAACAUACUAUCUAAAUAGCGUUCUGGAUUUCGCAGGCUGCAGUGGCUGUGACUUCCAGGUAGAAGGUCUGCUUAAAUUCGCCUCGUCGACCAGCUACUGGGAGGGGCGCACAGCAAUGAUCAAUGUCAAGAAUAUUGACGGGAUCAAGAUCCGGUCUCUAACGGGAAAUGGAGUAAUCGACGGCAAUGGCCAGGAUGCUUGGGAUGUCUUCGCCUCGGAUAGCAGCUACGAUCGCCCAACGCUUCUCUAUAUCACGGGCGGUUCCGACAUCACCGUGUCCAACUUACGACAGAAGAACCCGCCCAACGUGUUUAUUUCCGUCAAGGGGGGCAGUAGCGACGUGGUAUUCUCAAACUUGAAGAUGGACGCCACGUCGAAGAGCGACAACGCGCCCAAGAACACAGACGGCUUUGAUAUUGGGGAGAGUACCAAUGUGGUCAUCAGCAACGUCAAGGUCACGAACGACGACGAUUGCGUUGCAUUCAAACCUGGAGCGAACGGCGUCACAGUGACCGACAUCACCUGCAUCGGCAGCCACGGUCUGUCUGUGGGAUCUCUCGGCAAGGGUUCGGAUGACACAGUCAAGAAUGUGUAUGUGUCUGGUGCCACGAUGGUGAACUCAACCAAAGCCGCGGGCAUCAAGACUUAUCCAUCUGGUGGGAGCCAUGGACAGUCGACCGUCACAAAUGUGACCUGGAACGAUGUCACGGUCGACGGGUGCGACUACGCCAUCCAGAUCCAGAGUUGCUACGGCGAAGAUGCGGAUUAUUGCGAGGAUUACCCUGGCACUGCAGAUCUGACCGAUAUUAUCUUCGAGAACUUCAGCGGCACGACUAGCGGCAAAUACGACGACGUCACUGGAAAUCUCGACUGUGGAGCGGACGGAACUUGCGGCGUCAAGGUCAGCUCAUAUACAGUGAAAGCUCCGGACGGGAAGAGCGAGGUACUGUGCGCAAACACCCCGUCAAAUCUAGGGGUGACAUGUACAUCAGGGGCCUCGGGAUAA